AUUUACAUUUAUCCAUCUUUUUCAAAGCUUAAUCUUUUCAGACAAAAUUCUAGUUUAAGAAAUGAAACAGUUUAGUAUAAAUUACUUUGCAAGUAUAAUAUAUAUAAUUGUUAUCAGUUUGUUAGUAGUUAUUAAUUAUAGUUCGAAAGCUGUGGCUUCAGUAACGAAUUCUUCUGAUAUUCGCAAUUAUUUAGGAACUCGCACGCCUUAUAGAUUUAAGUCAAACAAAGAUGAUUCCAAAAUAAAAUAUCCUAAUUGUAAACACUCGAAGAUUUGGAUGCUUUUGAGGCAUGGAACCCGUUUGCCUAGUGCCAAGGAUAUACUGGGCAUGAAUACGAUUUUAAAAGAUUUAAAAUAUAAAAUUCUAAUGCAAAACAAUCAUGGGAAAGGACCAUUAAACGAGGAACAGUUACAUUGGUUUUCAAAAUGGUCCAGUAAUAUAUCGGUGGAGCAAGAGAAGUUUCUUACCUAUGAGGGUCAAGAUGAGAUGAUACUUUUGGCUGAACGUAUGCGGAAGAGAUUCCCAGAUGCCAUAAAAGAGAAAUAUGACAACAAAUCAUUUCUGUUUAAAUACACGGCAACACAGAGAGCUCAGCAGAGUGCGUUAUAUUUUACUAUUGGGCUAUUCGACAGGAAGAAAUCAAGAGAUGUUAUUUUUGAACCUGCCAUGAAAGUUGACACAACAUUGAGAUUUUACAAACACUGUGAUAAGUGGCAGAAGCAAGUGAAAAAAAAUCCUGAGACAUAUAAGGAACAAAGGGCAUUUGCUGUGAGCCAGGCCAUGAAUGACACUUUCGAUGCUGUGGCAAAGAAUCUCGGAUUGGAAGGAGUUUUGUCUAAAGAGAUUGUUAUCUUAAUGUACAAGAUAUGUGGCUAUGAAACUUCGUGGCACAAAUACUAUACAUCGCCAUGGUGUUACGGGUUCGAUCUGAAAAGUAUUAAAACCUUGGAAUAUUAUCAUGAUUUGAAGCACUAUUGGCUAGAUGGAUACGGCCACGAGUUAACGUCUGUCCAGGCCUGCAUGAUACUCAAAAAUAUGUUUGAGAUGAUGGGGAAAGAAAAUAAAACAGCUGCUUUCCUGUUUUCACAUUCUGGAACAUUGUUGAAAUUGUUGACACAUUUAGGCUUAUACAAACCACAGACACAUCUGAGAGGAGAUAGUGUCAUAGAGGAUAGACUUUGGAGAGCGUCGAAUAUUGACUGUUUCGCAUCAAAUAUAGCCUUCGUUUUAUACAAAUGUGAUGACGGAGAUAAGAUAUUAACGCUGCAUCAAGAGAGAGUUAUCAAGCUGCCAAUGUGCGAGACGGAGCUCUGUCCGUUGGAACAUUUGAAGGCUUAUUUUCGUAACACCAUACAUAAUUGUGACUUCGCUGAUAUGUGUGAAGCUGUUUAAUGUUAUGCUUGUUGCUAUAUAAAUAUACACACACACACACACGAACAAUCAAAAACACACACACACACACACACAUAUAUAAUACUUUGCUUAGAUAAGUUAAAUUUAUUCAUUAUGUGAUUAAUUAUGAAUAUUGUUAAAUUGUCUAUAUAUUUUUUUUACUGGUUGUUGUUAUUGUAAAAUGUUAUUCAUAUAAUAAAAUAAGGAUUCGAUGAAACAAAUUAAUAAAUGAGCUUUAAUUUAUUUUUAUAGCGCGAAAUAAAUUUUUAAUAAAUGAGA